AUGGAUCCCCUCAUAGCCGUUGUCGGUGCCACGGGUACUGGCAAGUCUAAGCUCGCUGUGGACUUGGCAGCCCGAUUUAACGGAGAAAUCAUCAACGGCGAUGCAAUGCAAAUGUAUCGCGGCCUCCCAAUCAUCACGAACCAGAUCCCCAUCGCCGAACGCAAGGGCAUCCCACACCACCUAUUGAGCUGCGUCGAUCUCGAAGCCGAGGCCUGGCGAAUCAGCCACUUCAAAAGGAAGCACUGCGUCUUAUCACCGAGAUCCGGAGUCGAGGAAAAUUACCCAUCCUCCGAAGGAUCCGGAUCUGACGUUGAAGAUGGCGUGGACGCAGACGGAGCCGGAUACGAGGAAAUACCAUCUACAUCUGAGAAAUGGCCUAUCCUCGAUUCACCGCCGGAAGUCCUGAUGGAGAAAUUAAAGGAGGUGGAUCCUGUCAUGGCGGCGCGGUGGCAUCCCAAGGAUGCGCGGAAGAUCCGCCGAUCUCUCGAGAUAUAUUUCCAGACUGGACGGCCUGCUUCGGAGAUUUAUGCUGAACAGCAGGCGCAGAAGGAGAAGGCUGUUUCGGAGUGCGAGGGGCUGCUGCGGUUCGAUCAUACCCUGAUCUUUUGGGUUCACGCCGAGAAGGACGUUUUGAAUGCGCGCCUGGAUGCGCGUGUUGAUGAUAUGGUUCAGCAGGGGUUGCUCGAUGAGGCUGAAAGUAUGUUUGAAUUUUUGCAGCGGAAGGAGGAGCAGGGGGUUUCUGUUGAUCUUACGCGUGGUGUGUGGGUGUCAAUUGGGUUUAAGGAGUUGGCUCCGUAUUUUACGGCGCGUCGGAAGGCGGAGAUGAGUGAGGAAGAGCUUGAUGCGUUGCGGAGUAGGUGUAUUGAGGCUAUUCGGACUGCGACGCGGCAGUAUGGUGGAUCUCAGGUUAAAUGGAUUCGGAAUAAGUUGUGGCGGGCUCUUGCUGAGGCGGGCAUGACGAGGAGGCUGUAUCUUCUCGACAGCAGUGAUGUCAGUCAAUGGGAUGGGUGUAUCACGGAACCCUCUGAGCAGAUUUUCCAGUCGAUGUUGCAGGGUGACACCACGCCGGAUCCAAAGUCGCUUUCCAUGCUGGCGAAGACGGUGCUUGGAGCGAAAGAGGAACAAGCGCAGGCGCAGCCUGGAUCGGCGAUGAAGAGCUUUACCUGUGAUGUAUGCGGGAAAACUGUGGUGGGUGAUGAACAGUGGGAGAAUCACCUCAAGAGUUACAGUCACAAGCGAGGGGUCAAGUCCGCGGCGAGAAAAGCCGAGCGAGAUGCGUAUUUUCGGAUGAAAGAGUUGGAAGCCCAGAAGGGAGAGAGAGAGACCGAGGUUGAUUCUGAAGACAAGUUGAAUCCAUCGCCUUGA